UCGAGGCGAGCGCGCUCAGGGAUUCGUCCAAACUCUUAAUAUUUUUUUUUUCCCCAUCCAAACAACCAAUUCACUCGUUCGCCGAUCGUACUUCACUCGAUCGAAUUUGUUUAAACAAUUCAGCGUCAAGGAUUUUUAGUGAGUUUGAGCUGGUUGUGGAUCAGGUGGAAAUAUCCCUGAGCAUCGCGUUAUUUUGUGGCGAUAAGAUGCUGGGGACGAUCCGUCGCAUCGCAGACUCCAGUGAAUUGAAGUGAAAUUUUUUAAUUAUUUGUUUGUUUUGAUAUUUUGUGGUGAUUUUUGAGGGUCAUUCUCGUGACCUUGACGAUCAUAAAAAAUAGGAAUAGGGCCCAGAGGACGAUGCGUGGUUAGUCGAUUUUUUUUUUUUUUUGGGAAUUACUGGGAAUUGUUUUAUCUCGUGGAUCUUUAUUAUUUGUUGGUUCGAUCGGUUUGUUGAUGUGUUUUGUGCUGUGAUUGUGAUUGUGAUUGGUUGAUUGGAUUAAUUCGGCGAUUUGGGGGCUCUCUGGAGCUCUGGGGUGUAUUGUUGGCCGGUGUGUGGAGAUUAUUCAGCAAAAGUGGGUGCACUGGGGCCCUCGGGACUUUUUGAUAGAUUUGGGCCCGUUGAGGGACAAAUUUUGGGCCCACUUAGCAUUGAUAGAGUGGGAAUUGGGGCGGCUGGUGUCGUGGCUGGGGAGGUGGAGGGGUACGGGGCCAGUACUGGGGGAGGUACCCCUGGGGUUGGCGCCAACAACCCCAGGAUUAGGGAGACAACCCUUGGGGGUCCUCGCUCCUGUGCUCCUCUUGCUCUCACCCAGGCCCAUAAUAUUGGGAGGUGUAGCGGUCUGGCGAUGCUCCUGACCUGUGCAGGAUGCAGAAAGCCUAUCCUGGACAGAUACCUGGUGAAUGUUCUGGAAAGAGCCUGGCACACUGAUUGUGUGAGAUGCUUCGACUGUCACGUGGAGCUCUCGGAGAAGUGCUUCUCUCGAGACUCAAAAAUCUUCUGCAGAAACGACUUCUUCCGGAGAUACGGGACAAAAUGCAGUGGCUGCAUGCAGGGGAUAAGUCCCCAAGAUCUAGUGAGAAAAGCACGUGACAAAGUAUUCCACCUCAACUGCUUCACCUGCCUGGUAUGCAGAAAACAGCUGAGCACCGGUGAAGAGCUCUACGUGCUGGAUGACAACAAGUUUGUCUGCAAGAAUGACUACCUGUCGGGAAAGCCCCUGCCGGAUGCCCAUCAUGCCCAUGGACAUCAUGAAUCGCCGAUUCUGCCGACAGGUGGUGAUUCGCUCAUGGGAUCGGGCUCGGAGGAUGAGGACGAUGAUGGGAGUGGACAUCAUCAUCAUGCUGGUGGUGGUGGACAUCUGGGAGGCCAUGGGGUUGGUCCUGGAAGUGCCAGUGAUCAGUCAGUGGUUCAUGGUGGUGAUUUACCUCUUGGGAGUGACUCCUGCAAGCAGGAGGACUCGGAAGACCAGGGUUCCUUAGACGGCGACCCGGAGACGAGAGACAGUCAAACGGAGAACAAAAGCCCUGAUGGUGGUGCAGGGGGUGGCAGCGGUGAUGGGGGUGCUGGUUCCAAAAGACGGGGGCCCAGAACUACGAUUAAGGCAAAACAAUUGGAGAUACUGAAGACUGCGUUCUCGGCGACGCCGAAACCUACGAGACAUAUUAGAGAACAAUUGGCGAAAGAGACUGGUCUGCCGAUGAGAGUCAUACAGGUUUGGUUUCAGAACAAAAGGAGUAAAGAGCGUAGGUUGAAGCAAUUGACAACAAUGGGUAGGAGUCCGUUCUUCAAUGGUUCGAGAAAAAUGAGGGGCUUUCCUCUCAACCUAAAUCAUGGAGCACUAGGAGGUGAGGAUGGACCACCACCGGGUUUUCCUUACUUUCCCGGUGAAAAAUUCGCUGAUUUUCCUUACGGUGGUCCUGUUGCCUUUCACCAUGAGUUCUUUGGAGCGCAUCCACCACCACAUCCGCAUGGACCACCAUUUCCUGGUCCAGGAAAUCCUGUUCCCAAUCUGUUUGUGACAGGUUUAGAUCCUGCGAGUAUAGCGGGAAUGGCGGCCGCUGCGGCAGUGGCAGGUGAAUAUCCACCACCGGGGGCUGCUGGGGGUCCACCUGAAUUUCUCACAGGCCCUCCAGGUCAGGGGCCUCAACCAACCUCAGGUGGCAGUCCUGGAGAGUUCCUAGCGCCUUCAGGUGGUGGACAGGGUAAUCCCAGUGGGGGAGGAAAUUGUGGUGGUCCUGGUGGCGGUGGAGGUGGAGGUGGCGGUGGUUUUCCCGAGCAACACCAGAUGCAGAACGAGGGCCUCGUCUGGUAGAACGAGUUUACGUUUAAUUAAUCAUGUGGCCUCUUCUUUUGCUACCAAACCCGAUGUUUCACGUACCAUCUGAAACCAUUCGUAAGCGUCCAGAUGAUAAUUCAAAUGAAAUUGAAUGAAAAAAAAAAAAGAUAAUGUUUAAAAAUUAAACGAGAGAUUGACAGUUGAAUCUAAGAAAUAUAAAAGUGAAUUCGUCCCGGUAAAACACGUUUUACAUUUUUGUUUUGUAUGAUAUAAAAUUAUUGCAUUUUUUAUUGAUUUUAUUGAUUAAUAUUAUAACGUAUUUACUAAUGAUUUAUUUCAGUCAGCUGUGACGAGAAUAUAUCAUUCAAUUAUUUGAUAUUAUUUUAUUCAUUGUCACCGGUACUUGGCAAUAUCAAUUAUUAUUAUUUUAUUGAUGAGAAAGAAAUUAUUAUCUUUGUGUAUAAAAUCAGAUGAACGAAGGAGAAUUCCUCAUCGUGUAAUAUGUACCCCUCCUUGUUGAUUAUAAUUAAACGUUAAUUAUGGCGACAUUCUGUAGAUAAAUGAAAAAAAAAAAUCAAUCGCUUUGUCUCGCACGUGCAAUAAUCGACAAUUGCACGAGGGAUGAUGGAAAAUUUAAAAGAAAUCUUACGGUUUACACUGACACACAGACACGUAUGAAUUUAACUCAGUAAUGAGGAUAAAAAAAGAACAUUGUACUAAUUGUCAUUUUAAUUAUAAAUACUAAAAAGGAUUUAAUGAUAGGACGUGUAACGAGUAACUGUUGAGACGGCUAUCGAUGUAAAUAUUAAAAUAUAUGGCAAAAAUAAUUGAUUAUUCGGGGAGUGCGAGGGAGUUUGUGAAUGGAGAAAGAAUAAAGAAUUAUAUAUAUUGAA